GAAUGGCCAAAGGUUGAGAAGGAUGACUUGAGGAAAGCAGGACCAUGAGGAAGACGGUUAUUCUGAGUGAAGGACCUUGCAAGCGUGACUAAGUGGUUAUCAUGGGCUUAAUUGCAUUUCUGAAGACCCAGUUUAUAGUUCACCUCCUGAUUGGGUUUGUCUUUGUCGUGAGUGGGUUCAUCAUUAACUUCAUCCAGCUAUGCACGCUAAUCCUCUGGCCUAUAAGCAAGCAGUUUUAUCGACGAGUAAACUGUCGCCUUUCCUAUUCGUUGUGGAGCCAGUUAGUGAUGUUGCUGGAAUGGUGGUCUGGUACAGAAUGCACUUUAUUCUCAGACCAGGCCACAAUCAAUAAGUUUGGAAAAGAACAUGUCAUUAUCAUCCUGAACCACAACUUUGAAAUAGAUUUUCUGUGUGGCUGGACUAUGACGGAGCGCUUUGGGAUUUUAGGGAGUUCCAAAGUUCUAGCUAAGAAAGAACUGUUGUAUGUGCCCCUAAUUGGCUGGACAUGGUACUUCCUGGAGAUUGUUUUCUGCAAAAGGAAAUGGGAAGAAGAUAAAGACACAGUUGUUGAAGGGCUAAAACGAUUGUCUGAUUAUCCAGAGUAUAUGUGGUUUCUCUUGUAUUGUGAAGGAACUCGUUUUACAGAGACUAAACAUCGUAUCAGCAUGGAGGUGGCAGAAGCCAAAGGAUUGCCUCCACUCAAAUAUCACCUUUUGCCCAGGACCAAAGGUUUCACUACUGCUGUCCAGUGUCUCAGGGGAACAGUUUCAGCAGUGUAUGAUGUGACGUUAAACUUCAGAGGAAACAAGAACCCAUCCUUACUAGGAAUCCUUUAUGGGAAGAAAUACGAAGCAGAUAUGUGUGUCAGGAGGUUUCCUCUAGAAGAUAUCCCUUUGGAUGAAAAGGAAGCAGCAAAGUGGCUUCAUAGACUUUACCAGGAAAAGGAUGCUUUACAAGAGAAGUAUAAUCAAGACGGUAUAUUUCCUGGGGAGCAAAUCAAACCUCCCAGAAGACCGUGGACUCUCCUCAACUUUCUCUUCUGGGCUACCAUUCUCCUGUCUCCUCUUUUCAAAUUUGGUUUUGGAAUUUUUGCAAGUGGAUCACCUCUUCUGAUUCUAGCAUUCCUGGGCUUUGUUGGAGCAGCUUCCUUUGGAGUUCGUAGACUGAUAGGAGUAACGGAAAUAGAAAAGGGCUCCAGCUACGGCAACCAAGAGAUCAAGAAAAAGAAAUAAUUUUACAGAUGCAGUUCUGAACAUAUAACAAGACUAUGGUAUCAAAUUAACUUCAUUGAAAGAAAGACACUUAGAAAACUUAUCUUUUUUUCUUAUUAACUGAUAACUAAUAAUACUUGAGCCAAGACUGAAGAAAUUGGAAGAUUCAAGAGAAGAGGAAAUAAUUGACUACUUAUCUGCCUAAGGAUCCCUGUAUUCAUAGUUUUGGGAGAAAAAUCCGGGCUAAAAACAAGCUGCUUCUUCUUUUUUGCUUUAUUGUGGGUGCAAGGGGGAGCUAAUGGGCAGAGCUACAUGCAUCUUCAGAUAACUGGUUUGUCUUUCAAGAGUACAACAGUUGCUCUGCAAGAGGAACUUCUGGAUGUUUCUUCUUGCUAAAACCAAUUUAAUACUUUCUUAUUCUUAGCAUCUUUUUUUUUGAAAAGCUAAGGCAGCAUGCAUUGCAGCAAAACACAGUCUCCAGUUAAUUUAUAGCUGUUCCUUGGGGAGGACGCCACUUGGAAAAGUUACUUAAUUUUAAUUUUAAUACUUAUUAAUUUCCACACGACAAUGGCAUUUUAAUGGCAGCAGUACCUCACUGAUAAGCACAUACUUUCAACCAGAUGUUACUAGCAUGAAUGCAAUUCCAAGCCUUUCCCCCCCCCCCACUUCUUUCCCUUAUGCUGUCCCAAUUAAAAUUGGAACAAGCUUAGCUCAGUUUCCUACAUAGAUAUUGGACUUACUAUUUAUUCCUUUAAAAAAAAAACUAAAAGAAAGGAAAAGGAAAAAGAACCCUACAUGAUGCCACUGGCACGUGAACCUAUGUGACUAGGGGCUUCUCAGUAUCCUGGUUUCAUGAGUUUCUUCAAGGGGUCUAUUCUGCUCAAAAAUCUCCUGCAUGGCUUCUUGUGAAAAACAGCAUAAACCAGCACAGGAGCCUGGAAAAGAACUUGUAUUUAAAACUCUGUACUUGAAAGUAUUUUCCUCUAAAAUCAGAAGAACUCUCUUCCAAUUAAACAUGUUAGGGGCUCGGAUGUCACUUGACUAUGUUACCACAGUAGAUUGCCAUUUAAAACAACAAUCAUGUUGAAGCUUUUGAAAAGGCUUUUAGUAUCCAAACCCCCCACACUGGUUCACCUUUUUUGUAUUUUCUGCUGCACAUCAGAGCUACCGGUAAGCCUGUUUGCACGAUCAAACAAUUCACCAUAGCUUAUUUAAGCCACAGUGGGCAGUGGCUUGUGCCAGCGGCCAUUUUGAAUAUUCAAGCUGCAACCGCGGCUUAUUGUGUCAUCCCAAGCCAGAGGUGCUAGCUUGUAUAAAGGUUAAACAAUCCUCGCAGAACCCAUGGCCUGUUUCAGGGUUAUGCGAGCAUUGUUUAACCCUUGCACAACUUAUCCCCACCGUGUUCGGACAACAUGAAAAGCUGCAGUUGUAGCUUGAAUGUUCAGGAUGGUGCCCAUGGAUGCCGUGACCCAACAUGGCUUAAAUAAGCCAUGAUGAGCUGCAGUGAUUGUAUGAACUUGAUCAAUAUGUUUUGGUGUGCUUUUUUUUUUUUACCAUCUCUGGCUCCAAAGAACACUGGUAGGACGUACACAGCCUUCAGGUGGAGGCUGCAUUCAGUCACAGCCAUCAAGGUUGCUUCUCUGUGGUAAGCCAUUUGUUUGAAGUGGCCUGCAAAUCAACCACAUGUAGAUUGAUAUGAUAAGCCCAAGUGUCUCCAUAUAAUGGAUGUUGUAAGUAAAUGGUUAGCCACGAGGAGGCUGCCUCCCUGUAGAAGCUAUUUCUGUGCAGCUGUCCUUAACAAAACUUUGCAGAUUGAUAUUUGCAUAUGUUUAAAAGAGGGGAAUUUGUAGGUAUGUGAGAGUGGCAUAUAUCUUCUAGUGCUGGGACCAAAUUUUGCCACCAGCUCUGCACUAAAAAAACACCCCUCAAUUAUGCUCUAUAAAUAAAUAGAAUUUAAAGAGGAAUUAAGCCCUACUGCUUCUUACAAUGUAAUAUUAACACACAUGUUCUUAUUUGAAUAUUAAUUUUAACAGAUUGUAUUAAAUCAUUUUGUUUCUCUCUCUCU